AUGUCUGGCAAGCCCCCGCCAAAGGGGCCUAGGGCUCUGCUCGGCGGUACCCCAGGCCAGUCCACUUCCUCAUCAACCUCAAACCCUACAACAUCAUCGACAGCAACGUCAACCACAACCACAAACGCACGACCCCCGCUCCCCAUCAAUGCUGCGACGGGAAGCAGGAUCGGCGCUGUUCCUCCUACGGGCCCGCGCAGUUUGCAGAUGCAGGCUGCCCAUUCUAGGUCUGUGUCCUCAAAGCAUCCAACGCCAAAUGGAACGAAUGUGAAUGGCGCUCUCAGGCCUGAUCGCCAGCCUGUAUCGAUGCGCCCGGCGAAAAGACUCGAUGCAAGGGGAGGGUAUGAGGGCGGUGUUAAUGGGAGCACUAGCAGGCAGGAGACGACACGCCUGCCGUCCCCUCCGCCUCCACCACCGCUCGGUCCAACAGGCGAGCUAAAACCUGACCGUCCUGCGCUGCAUAUCUCGAUGCAACCGAAACACCCCGCCCGCGAGCGGCUGCACCUAGGCCACGACACACCUCUCAAUCUAAAUACCAAUUCCAAUACACAUCCAAAUUCAAGUACAAGUUCAAAUUCAAGUUCAAUACAUACACAACCACCACCUCCACCACCACCACCACCGACGUACGACCCGCCUCCUCCGCCGCCGCCAUCACAGCCUCCACCACCAUGUCCCCCUCCUCCAGACGCCGCCAGUGGAAGUGCUGCGCGGGGACCACCAGCUGAACCAUCUCCACCACCACCUCCAUCGUCAACACCACCACCAGCGCCCUCGCCCCCUCCCCCGCCUCCACCACUGCCGCCUACAUCUGAGCCGCCGCCGAUCCCGCCUCCUCCUCCGCUUCCUUCUUCGUCUUCGGGGGUAAAAGUGAAUGGGAGUGUGAAUGCUUCGUCACAUUCUCAACCUGCUUUGACUCGUUCGAAUCCUUCUUCGUCGUCGUCGUCGUUUGCUGCGUCGUCUUCUUCUUCUUCUUCGUCGUUACCCCCAUCCGCAUCCGCUUCGACGUCGACGUCGACGCAGCAGCAGCAGCCGCUACCGCAGAGACAUGCACUACCGCAUAAACCUGUUGUGAGCUCUUUGCCUGCUAGACCUGUUAAUGGACGGGAUGGACGUGAUGGGAGGGAGAGGGAGGGGUCGUAUCCUAGAGAACGCGAUCGGGAUGGGAGGGAUGGGAGGGAUGGGAAAAAUAGAGAUGGGAGGGAUGGGAGAGAAAGAGAAAGAGAGCGUGAUUGGGAGAGGGAGAGGGAUGUAAGAGAGAGGGAUGUAAGAGAAAGAGAAAGAGACAGAGAUGUAAGAGACAGGGAGAGGGAGAGGGAGAGAUACAGACCGACGCGUGGAGAACGUGAACGCGAGCGUGUGGAGCGUGUGGAGGGGUAUGAAUCUGCGAGUGGGCCUGUUGCGUCUACUUCGCGGUUAGCUCUACCAGCGCAGUCGCAAUCUCAAUCUCAAUCGCCACAACCACCACCACCACCACCUCCUCCUCCUUCUUCUUCUUCUUCUUCAGAACUACCUCUGGAGGCACAGACUGAAUCGCAUUCAAUAUCAACGUCGUCAAAACCACCAACAUCGUCAAAACUUCAUUCAGAAACGACAGAAACGGAAAGGACGGAACCACAGACAGAAACAGAAACAGAAACAGAAACGCCAAAAUUCAAAUACGACCCUACGCCCCCGUGGCCCCCGCCCGCAUCUGCAUAUCCGCCCGGUGUGCGCUCGUGGAAGGUGUUGUAUGAUCCUGCGGUUGAUUCUGGGGUUGGUUCGUCGUCUUCCUCAUAUUCGUCGUAUGGGUCGUAUUCGACGUAUGGGUCGUAUGGGUCGACUUCGUAUGGAUCGUAUGGGUCGUCGUAUGCCUCGACGUCGACGUUUUUGCAGGGUAGUAGUAGUAGCGGUAGCGGUGCUGGUGGGGUAAGUGGAAGUGGAAGUGGGGUAAAUGGCACAGGAGCAGGAACAGGAGGAGGAGGAGGAGGAGGAGGAGGACCAGGACCAGGACCAGGACCUUACAAAACCGCAGCGUAUUACCGCGCGCUGAUUGAGCAUGUGAGGAGGUAUAUGCCUUUUCAUGUGCCGUUGUCUGCGCGGUCUUCAGCCUCUGGGGCUGGUGUUGAUGAGGGACAGGGAGGCAAAGAAGGCGGAGGAGGAGAAGGACAGGCGCAGGUACAAGGCGAACCAAGAAUACGCGGGAAAGGAAAAGGGAAAGAGGUGCUUGUGCGAUAUGAGGGGUGUGUAGUUGGAGAUCGGGUUUUUUCUAGUGCCUCUGGUUCCUCUUCCUUUGCUUCUUCUUCCUUUCCUGGUUCCUCUUCCUCCGCUGCGAAUCCGAAUGUAGGCGAAGACAUUGGAGAUGGGGGGAUAAGGGAAGAAGAGAUUGUACUCCCGCUGCGCGAUCCGCGGCUUGAUAUCCGAUUUGGGUUUGGGUUGGGUUUGGAGGGGGCUGGUAGGAGGCAGGGACAAGGGCAGGGGGGACAGGGACAAGGGCAGGGGGGGUGGAGGCAUGUGAGGACGGAGUUUUUGGAGGUGCGGUAUGAGGUGAGUUUUAGAGUUUAG